CAGGAUCCUCAUAACCCUCGCUCGAGCUGAGCAACAUUGGAGAGGCAGCGCUACAAACCCACACGAGUCUGACGAACACCUGCGGGAGAUCAACAAGGCUAUAAAGGAUGCACCAGUGCCUUCUUACUUUCGAUCUCCAGAGUUUUUUUAAAGCGUGCCAGAGUGACUGAAAUGUGGAGCGUGCGUUGAACUGGAUAGUGGCGUUUGAGUUUCAUUCCUUUAAAGAUCUGGACGCGUUUCUGCGAAAAAAUAAUGAAUGACAUAAAAGUUGCUGUUCUUGGAUCCGAUGGUGUCGGGAAAUCAGCACUCAUUGUUCGAUUUUUAACCAGGCGAUUCAUUGGAGAGUAUGCAUCAUCAUCAGAAUGCAUUUACAGAAAGCGCAUGUCUAUUGAUGGAAGACAGCUCAAUCUUGAACUUUAUGACCCCUGUUCUCAGCCGUGCGAGGGGAAAUCCACUCUGAAGGAGCAGAUCCACUGGGCUGAUGGUUUCGUGGUCAUUUACGACAUCAGCGAUCGUUCCUCCUUCCUCACGGCCAAAGCCAUAGUGCACCUGAUCCGAGAGCUUCACCUGGGUGGGACUAAAAGGGACACGGACUCUGUGAUCUUCCUGGUGGGAAAUAAGCAGGACUUGUGCCACAUGCGUGAGGUGGACCGGGAGGAAGGCCAGAGGCUGGCGUCAGAGGGCCGCUGCCAGUUUUACGAGCUGUCCGCUGCGGAGCACUACCAGGAGGUGGUGCUCAUGUUCUCAAAGAUCGUGCGCAAUGCCAGUCUGGGAGGCAAAGCCAAGGAGCGCCGCCGUCGCCCCAGCGGAUCAAAGUCCAUGGCCAAACUCAUCAACAACGUCUUCGGAAAACGGCGGAAAUCUGUUUGAGAACGAACUUGGACAAUUGUUGCAGGACUAAUGUAUGAGAUGCAUCAAACUUGUUUAGAUAGUUCCUCACCGCUUAUCGUCUGGGUCACACAGUCCUUACCGGGUGCAUCUCACAAAACACAUCUAGAACA